UGUGAUUAUAACAUAUUAAGAUGCAUGUUUACUAUAAAUACCACCUACAUCUAAAUGAUUAGCUUAAAUAUAAUCAUUGUAUAUAAUGAAUAGAAGUAUAUUUUGUAUUCUUGUUUGCAUUUUCAUUGCAUGUGUUUUCGGACAAGAACCGAAAAUUAUUGACAUUUGCUCCUUACCAAGUGAAACAGGGAAGUGUAAAGGACAUUUUCCAAGAUAUUACUACAAUGGCUUGACAACACAUUGUGAACUAUUCACGUACGGUGGAUGUGGAGGGAAUCAGAAUAAUUUUGAGACUAUUUUCGAAUGUCGUAAAACUUGUGGCCAAACGAUGCCUGCAGAAAAGAAUGGUGUAGGAGUCCCUCUGAUCCAUAAAAACAGCAAAAUUACGGUGUGAAGUAAAGCAGUAUCAUUUUGAUAUUCAAUUCAAAAGGAUGGUGUUAUUGUCGUUAUUGCAAUGUUGAAAAACAAUAAAAGAAAUUCAUCAUUUUACAACA